UGCAUUUGAUUUUAAUGACCUAGAUUGGGGGCUUUAGGGGUUAAUUACUUAGAUUUACCUAGAUUGGGGGACUUGCAAACUAGUGACAGGAUAGUGGGGUAAUGGGUAUCCGGGAGGCAUGGGAGACCUAGAUAUUUGUAUCCUGAUUUGGGGCAGUUGCUAUCUAAUUACAUAAAUUGGGGCAUGUAAUUACCCCAGAUUAAACGCUAAUAACUGGACCUAAUGACAUAAACUGGAUUAUAUCAAAAUCUAUAUACCCAGUAAUAUUCCGAGCUCAUUGUAUUCUAGCUGUCCCAUUCUAAUCUCCUAGUUUGUUAUAAUCGGUGUCAGGUACUUGUCAGAUAUCACAUUGUGCGAUGCAGAAUAUGUUGGCGCCAUAUAAAUGUUAAUAAUAAUAAUAAUGGAUUAAUCAGUGUAAUUAGAGUUUGGUCGGGGUAUUACUGGCAUGCAGCAGAGUUAGGGCACUAAAUGCCCCAUGAUGGGGUUUGCCAAAUUCAGUACUUUCUAUUAGACUAUCCUUUUCACCCCAUGUAGGGGCACCAUGCUGCCGGGAUCCAUUCACAUGUCAGGAGAGGCCCUCUCUGGGGCAGAGGUGAAAGGGGUAUGUGAGGGAUUGGUGGGGGGCACAGUGCGGCUUCUCUCAUUGCGUGGAUGCCACCUCUCAGACAGGGAUUUUGCCCGCCUCUGCCAGGGGGUAUCACAAUCAUCCUCACUGGUCCAGCUCAACCUGAACCUAGGCAUUGUGUCUAGUGGUGCCCGUGUCCAGCAGUUGGCACAAGGUCUGCAUGCCAACCGUUCUCUGCAGUCACUAUUCCUCCAUGGCAACCCACUGACAGACACUGGGUUGGCCCUCCUUAACCCUGCUUUGGCGGUACACCCAUCCCUGGUAUCCUUGGAUCUUGGUGACUGCAUGCUCGGGGAUGAGGGGAUCAGUCUCAUCUGUGGCCUCCUUCCACCUGAUGGAGCAAAACCCGGGCUGCGGGAGCUUACUCUUUCGGCUAACCCAUCUGUCACUUGCUCUGGGUGGGCUCGCUUGGCUAUUGCAGUUGCUCACAGCUCCCAAAUUCGAACCCUGAACCUGGACUAUAACCCGCUUGGGGAUCACAUUGCCUCUAUGCUAGCUGUGUGUGUUGCAUCCAGCCGGACUCUGGAGGUUCUUGAUCUAGAAGGGACGGGUCUCACCAACCAGUCAGCUCAGAUCCUGCUAGACAUGGUGCAGAAUUAUCCUACUCCUCUAAAAACCAUCAUCCUUUCAGAGAACAACAUCAGCGUGGACCUGCAGCAGAAAAUAGCUGACCUUUUGUCUGAAGGGGAAGAGGAGGAUGAGGGUGAAGGCCAGGAAAUGGAUCGACCUGUAAGAGAGAAAGCAACCAAACCAGGUCCUGCAUUUCAUCGGGUUCUCUUGGCCUCCAGCCUUGGUGACAGCCUGCUUGCUGAGACUGAGAUGUGACAUGCGUUGUAGACACUUUAUACAUCAGUAACUAAGCCUACUUCCCACAAUGCAGCACAAAGCUGACCAUAAGAAAGACAGAAGCACAUGGUAAAGAAGCUGCUAUGCCAUGUUUUUCUGGUGGCUUGCCCUAUCAGCCAUUACUGAUUUCUAAGUGGAUACUGACAUUUUCAACUAUUGACCCAAAACAUUCCAAAGUUUGUCACUUUUUGCACAGAGAAUAUAUCUAUUUAUUGUAGCUCCCAGAUCUAGGGAGAAAAUACCUUUGCUCUACUAGCUGUUUGGCUGUUGUUUUGUUUUGCCGUCUGUUACCCUAUCCAUUGUGAGGACUUGUAUUGUAGUGCCUUGCUGUGCUACACCACUCAGUGCGCUUUUGAAAACGCAUGUUAUUCACCACUUUUAAAACUGGGCACACGAACUGAAUAAGUACAAAACUGUGAAUAAUAAACGAAGCACUGAACACACUGCUUGUGGCUGGCACUGACAAGGAUAACCCCUUCACUACCGAGCACUUCGGCACUUUGAUAUAGAAUGUAUUUAAAGCAAGAGAUCCAUAACUAGUAUAUACAGAUCACAGCAGUUGUGAAUAGAUUGUUUUGCAGACAAACCUAAACAUGACAAUUAUGUAAAUUUACACAUUUUUUACACAUAUUCGUUCACCCUUUAUAAAAAACAAAAAUCUGUAGACAGUGUACAAUGUUCUUUAUUGUGCAAUAUUUCACACAGGGUGAAAGAUGCAAGUUUUCUCACAUACUGUAGAUGAGACAAAACAUAUGAACUAAUCAUUGGCCAGCUUACAGGUAUUUGUACAGACACUAAAGGCUUUACUAGACGUAAUUAUACAAUUCUAAAAUAAAGUUGGUUUUUUUUUUUGUUUUUUGUUUUUUUAAAUUGCCCUAGCAAUCUUUAUCAAUCUCUGGAGAGCACUAAUAUAAUGCUGACUCUGAAAUAGUAGAGCCACUCCUCCCCUCCCUGACUGUAGGAAUGGUAUGACCCACUGAAACUUUUUUUAGUGUUUGAAAUCAGGGGGUUUGCAGAUAUGUUCAGCUACUCUCCAGGCUGAUAAUUGUUCCUAGAUUAUAAAUCUGAGUGAGUGAACCUUUAUGGACUAAAUUUCAUUCUGCAAAAUACAUGUACAAUAAAAACAUUUAUACUCAAUUUUGGUAAUGAAGGGGUUCAACAGUGUAGUGUUAUUAUCCCGAGCAAACUUGCACU